AUGGCAGAUGAAAAUAUGGUUCAGAACGCAGUACAGCCAAAAGAAAAUCACGAAGGUGAUGAAAAUGGAUGGGAAAAUGAAGAAGAGGAAGCAACUUGCAAUGACGCUGAAUUCGAAGCUAUAAAUGCCCAACUAGAUCAGCUUAAUUCGGUUUUGGAUAACCUCGAACAAAAAAACGAUGAUAUUCGUGCAGAAUUGAUUCAGCUAUUACAAUCAAAUCGAGAAGCUAGAAAACAAUUUCAAGAAUUCCAGGAUUCCGUAAAAUCGGAUUUAUAAUAUUUUAUUUGAAAAAGGUAUAUAAUUUAUGCUUUGAUAAUAUGUAUUUAUAAUUUAUUAGUAAUUUGAAGUAUUAA